UGGCCUCUCAGGCGCAUUUCCGGGACUUGCUGCUGGGCCCGAGGAAAGUUGUAGUGCGGCGUUUUCUAGGCCCGACAGCGGACUUCAGGGCCACGCGGCCUGGGCGCUCCUUGUGGAGCAAGCGUCCCUCGGGGACCCACGGGAGUCGCAGUCCGGCGUGCGGGGACCGCCGGGAGCUGUAGUCCGCCCCCCCUGCCCAGUCAGCGCAGUGCUGCCCGCCCCGCACUGGGAGCUCAGAGCCGCCGCCCAGGAGGGGGAUGCGGAAGCCCCCGGCUUGGUGGAGUGGAGGCUAGCGGGCAGGAGCCAAGGACGGUAUGUCCCGGGUCCCGGGAGCACAGCCGAGUCCGCCCUCUGUGUACCACGAACGGCAGCGCCUGGAGCUGUGUGCCGUCCACGCCCUCAACAACGUUCUGCAGCAGCAACUCUUUAGCCAGGAGGCUGCCGAUGAGAUCUGCAAGAGGUUGGCCCCAGACUCCCGGCUGAACCCACAUCGCAGCCUCCUGGGCACCGGCAACUAUGACGUCAACGUGAUCAUGGCCGCUCUGCAGGGGCUGGGCCUGGCUGCUGUGUGGUGGGACAGGAGGAGGCCCCUGUCCCAGCUGGCCCUGCCCCAGGUGCUGGGGCUGAUCCUGAACCUGCCCUCGCCCGUGUCGCUGGGGCUGCUGUCGUUGCCGCUGCGGCGGCGGCACUGGGUGGCCCUGCGCCAGGUGGACGGCGUCUACUACAACCUGGACUCCAAGCUUCGGGCGCCCGAGGCCCUGGGGGACGAGGAUGGAGUUAGGGCCUUCCUGGCGGCUGCGCUGGCCCAGGGCCUGUGUGAGGUGCUGCUGGUGGUGACCAAGGAGGUGGAGGAAAAGGGUUGCUGGCUGCGGACAGACUGACCACAGCUGACCGUCGUGCCCAUGGCACGGUUCCUGCGCAUCUUCCUCCUGUGUACACUGCGUGCCUGGGAAAGGCCUGCAUCCAUGGACCCGGGGUAGGCCCAUACCCUCCCCACAGCCCUGCUCCCCACUGCCGCUGCUGCCUCAAUAAAUCUGCUGAUUUGCUGCUG